AUGGACAGUUCUUGUUACGGUCGUCAGUGUGCCAGGUGCGGCAAAUGUCGUGAUUGGUAUUUUACAGGCAAUCCGGCAAAUUUGACAUGGCUCCAAAAUUGGAAGAAUUGGUCCAAGAGUGAUUGGGAACGUUAUCGUGAUAAUAGAUUUGCGCAAAGUUUCAGACAGCGUGACAAUGCAAGAUGUCGUUUUACUAUUGCUAUUAUGGAUGGGAAUGACGUUCUUGCUUCUGUUCAUCUUCAUUUUCUUGGUGCUGAUUAUGGUUUUCAUAUUCAUGCUGAUCUUUGUCUGUGUAACGAUAAUAUUCGUCCUUAA